AUGGCACCCGAUAGAGGCAAUUCGGAUACUACGGGUACCCUGAAUCUUCAAGCGCAAUAUGAAGCACUCUCCAUCCAAGAAGGAGCCCAUCCAUUGAUUCCCUCUUCGCAAUCGCCAGACUCAAUCCCCGCCCACCUUUCUCACGACCCUGCAACGAAUGCAAAGCGAACCGACCCGUUCGAGUUCGGGCAGCGAUAUCUGUCAGAAUCGGAUGACGUCUUUGAAUAUAACGCUUGGGACCAUGUCAUUCCAGACGAAAAUCACUACGAGUACUGCGAAUCUCAAUAUGCCGCGCAGCGUGCCGCCCCAGUCUCUGAAUUCGACCAGGCACGAUUCAACCAACACCCAGAAAAGUGGUGGGAUCUCUUCUAUAAACAGAAGACCAGUACCUUUUUCAAGGAUAGGAAGUGGUUGGUUCAAGAAUUCCCCAUCUUGAAAGCGGUCACGGAAAAUGAUGCGGGUGAGAGGACAGUCUUGGAGGUGGGCGCGGGUGCCGGAAACACUGCGUUCCCGAUUUUGAGGAUGAAUGAGAACCCGGACCUGAAGCUUUUUGCCGUGGACUUCAGCAAAAAGGCGGUGGAGACUAUGCGAAGCGCCGACGAGUACGCGGCUUCCCAAGGAGUCAUGCAGGCGGAUGUUUGGGAUGCUGCUGGCGAGGAUCUGCCUGUAGGCGUUGAAGAGGGGAGUGUCGACAUUGUGAUCAUGAUCUUUAUCUUCUCAGCCCUCCAUCCUACACAAUGGCAACAGGCUGUGGCCAACAUCCACCGCGUUCUCAAACCUGGGGGAGAGGUGCUGUUCCGUGACUACGGCAGAGGCGACCUUGCGCAGGUACGGUUCAAGGCUGGGAGAUGGAUGCAAGAUAAUUUCUACGUUCGAGGAGACGGCACCAGGGUAUACUUCUUCGAGAAGGAAGAGCUCGAAACUAUCUGGGGCGACGGGUUCGACGUGGUGAAUCUGGAUGUGGAUCGUCGGUUGAUCGUCAAUCGACAAAGGCGGAUCAAAAUGUAUCGAUGUUGGAUACAAGGACACUUUCGCAAGAGAGAUGCAAAGAAUCAAGUGACCAGGACGUUGUCGGCCGAUAGACAAGGGCAAGAAUCAAGCUGA